AUGGAUAUUUGGCCCCGCCUUGUAUGGCUACAGGAAGCGCCUCCACCUUACCCAGAGAUUUGCCAGAGUGUUUAGAAAAAAGAAGUAAGGCCGAAGUUAAAUCGAAUGAUUUGAUCGAAGACAUCCGCAACAGUUUCUGCCAGUUUGGUGUAAAACCUGUGUCGACUGUGGUUUGAUAAGAAGAACCAAGUGAAAAACAUGAUUUCGUUCAUGCACUAAAUGUAGCAGUGUAGCCUGCUAACGUUAAAUAAAACGUAAAGACACGUGGGAGCCUGUGCUGUGUGGUUGACCACUGGAAUGUCUUGUUGACUGAAAUCUUGUCUCAUUGAAUAUCAGACAAUGGCCCAGGGCAGUGGGGUCCAGUACGAGCCAGUGGCAGAGAUUGGAGGGGGUGCGUACGGAACGGUGUACAAGGCUCGGGACCUGGAGAGUGGCCAGUUUGUUGCUCUGAAGAGUGUUCGCGUCCAGACGGACCAAGAUGGCCUCCCUAUCUCCACGGUCCGAGAAGUGGCCCUGCUGAAGAGACUGGAGCAGUUUGAUCAUCCCAACGUGGUCAAGCUCAUGGACGUGUGUGCCACCCUGAGGACAGAUCAGGAGACUAAAGUCACCCUGGUAUUUGAACACGUGGACCAGGACCUGAAGACCUACCUAGAGAAGGCCCCCGCCCCAGGACUGCCCCCCAGCCACAUCAGAGACCUGAUGCGUCAAUUGCUGUGCGGCCUGUCAUUCCUACACUCGAACCGUGUGGUGCACCGGGACCUGAAGCCAGAGAACAUCCUGGUCACCAGCCGUGGUCAGGUUAAGCUGGCCGACUUUGGACUGGCCAGGAUCUACAGUUGCCACAUGGCCCUUACCCCUGUGGUGGUGACUCUGUGGUACAGGCCUCCUGAGGUCCUGCUCCAGUCCACCUACGCCACGCCGGUGGACAUCUGGAGCACGGGUUGCAUCUUUGCUGAGAUGUUCCGACGCAAACCGUUGUUCUCUGGAGACUCUGAAAUGGACCAACUGGGAAAGAUAUUCAAUGUGAUUGGCCUGCCACCCAUGGAGGAGUGGCCUGCUGAUGUCACCCUCUCCCGACACAACUUCAGUCCUAUCAGCCCCCGCCCAAUCACAGACUACGUUCCUGAGAUCAAUGAGCAGGGGGCAGAGCUGCUUUUGAAAAUGCUAACCUUUGACCCUCUAAGAAGAAUCUCUGCCCUAAACGCUCAAGAACAUCCUUACUUCCAGGAGGAUGAGGAGGAAGUGACAAAUGGUUGAAAUGCAGUGAAUGACAUCGAAGGAUGGGACCGUGAGGAAUGGUAACCGUGACUCCAUUUUGGUGUAUAUUGUCAUUCAGUGCAUUUCAGGCCAGAUCCCUGUUGUGGUUCCUUUUAAAAAAAAUACUACAGAAGCCAGUUGCACCCCUUGAGAAUGUAUAGGAGUAGAGAAGUGGAGUUCACAUUCCUCAAAUGAAUUCUCCAGCCUGGUCUCAUAGACUAGACGUAACAUAAUAAACUUAAAAACGAGACACUCAAAUUAGUAUGAUAUAUUACGUUUGGUAUGGUUACAUAAGACCGGUGGUUAUUUAAAAUCUUGUCACUGACAACUUUUGAGCUAAUUAGCAACUUUUCAACUCCUUACUACUUUGCAUGUUAGCUAACCUUUCCACCUACCCUUGUCCAACUCCUAAACUUAACCCUAACCCCUAGCCAAGCUAACAUUAGCCACGUAGAUAGAAUUCUUAACAUAUCAUACAUUUUGCAAAUUCGUAACAUUUUAUUUGAAGUCCACAAAUUAAUUCAUACCAUAUGAAACGUGACUCAUCAUAUUAAAUGGCGUGUCUCAGUUUUACGUACAGAAUAAUACGAAAUGCUCUGAGACCAGGUUGCACACACACACAUAUAACAUGGAAUAACUGUCCUCCUGUGUGGUUAUUUUAAUAUUAUAGUUUAAAGAUCCAAUGCAUACAUUUUUAUUACAAUAUCAAAUAUUUUCUGUUUAACAAUUGAAGUACCGUGCUGUGAUAUUUUUCUACCAAAAUGGCUUCUUAGCAUUUUUUUUUAAGCAAGAAUUUCGCUAGGACUGUCAGUGUGAGUGGGGAUGGGAAAACUGAAAAGUAGCUGUUAUUGGCAGAGAGAUUUGGAACAUUUUCUUAUUGGUCUAAUUUACCACCUGGUGAUGUCGCCAGGUAGGCCAAAAUUCCAUUCCACCAAAAAAGGCGGACAUUUCAGGCUCUUACUUUCAUAGCUCUUACACUAAAGGGGCAUUAUUAUUUUCACACUUUCACAGUAUUAUUCCAACCUCUGUGUGGAAAUAUAUAUAUAUAUAUACACACACACACAGUGGCAAGAAAAAGUAUGUCGAACCCUUUAGAAAUACCUGGAUUUCUAUCUAGGUCACAACAAUAGACAAACAGUCUGCUUAAACUAAUAACACACAAUUAUACGUUUUCAUGUCUUUAUUGAACAUACCGUGUAAACAUUCACAGUGCAGGGUGGAAAAAGUAAGUGAACCCUUGGAUUUAAUAACUGGUUGACCCUCCUUUGGCAGCAUUAACCUCAACCAAACUGUUUCAGUACAGCAAUAUUCUUGGGAUGUCUCAAUCAGGUUGAGUUCAGGACUCUGGGCUGCUCCAAAAGGCAUACUUUCUUCUGUUGAAGCCAUUCUGUUGUUGAUUUCCUUCUGUUUUGGGUCGUUGUCCUGUUGAUUCACCCAACUUCUGUUGAGCUUCAAUUGGUGGACAGAUAGCCUAACGUUAUUCCUGCAAAAUGUCUUGAUAAACUUGGGAAUUCAUUUUUCCAUCGAUGAUAGCAAGUUGUCUAGGCCGUGAGGCUGCAAAGCAGCCCCACACCAUGAUGCUCCCUGCACCAUACUUUAUAGUUGGGAUGAGGUUUUGGUGUUGGUGUGCUGUGCCUUUUUCUCCACACAGUGUUGUGUGUUCCUUCCAAACAACUCAACUGU